UGGGCGUUGGCGUUAUAGCUGUUGUGAUGAUUUGGGACACUUGAAGACAUGCCAAAGGUUGUGCCUUUACCAUAUUUGUUUGUGAAAGAAUGCCUAAUGAAGCAUAUGGAAUGGAGCUCUUUGAUGAGUAGCAAGACUAGGUGCCUGUUAAAGCAGCUGAAGCUUACCUUGAUGCAAGGAGGGCAAUUGAAGAACAAGUUCGAGGUUAUACUGAACCAUAUGCGGAAAAGCUUCUUCCAGAUUUGCAUCCCUACUUUACUCUUAUUGGACGUAUGUAGAUCCUGUAAUGGAGAGAUUGGACCCAAAACAUUGUGUAAGAUUCAGGCUAGGAACAAGAUGGAGUGCAUUAUAGGUUGGACAGUACCAGCAAAAUUGAUUGCUGAGGCUCAUUUCUUCUUGAAUGAACCCAACGACCUUUCAAAGCUAAAUAGAGAUCCAAAAAAGAUCAUAUAUCCGAGUGCCCAUGCACGAGAAAAUAGCCUACAGCCUGAAAAUGGUGCCGUAAUAAGGCCAUAUAAGUCUGAGCUGGAUGAUACAGCUCUUGUAGAUUUCAUCCCAUUUCUUGAAUUUGUCACCCGUAACCCUCCAGCAGAUAUCAGACAAGUAAUGCAUCGUAUAUAUGAAGGACAUGAAAUUCCAGCUGAGUUCAUUAGGCGUACUAAGGAGCAUCAGAGGAAAAUGCAAGAACAGAAGCAACAUGGUCCUCGACUUUGGAGGCAUUGAUGCUGGAGAUUGAGUCAGAAUAAUGUAAAAAUUAGGAGAUGGUUUCAGGCGUAAUUGGCGAUCUGGUUUUGAAGUACGCAGAGUUAUAGAAGUUAUGAAGCCAAUUUCAAAGAUUAAAAAAAAAAAUUUAUUUUGCAGCGUGGAUAAAAUCUGGAACAGUAUAUGUUCAGCCCAGUCUCUGGGCUGCUGACACUGUAUACUUCUGGCAUCUAAUCUAUUUUUUCUGAACAUCAAAGUUUUAACAAUAUCAAUUUCAAUUUUCCUGUGCCUCGGAAAGAGAUUGGAUUAUGAUAUUGU